UGAACGCGGUCAUGUCUAGGGAUCCCGCUAAUGUCGACGCAAAAUUUACAUAGCCAUUCGAGUCGCGUUUGGGAGAAUUUUUGCAUUUUAGUGUACUCUAAUUAUUUCAACCUGCUAACGUUACGUUAAUUAUCCUAACAUGCUAUGAAAGUCACUGCUGACAGCGAGCUACUCACAUAUGCACAGCAGCGACACUACUGCAGUUCAUCCAGGUUUGAACCUGAAAGUAUCUGUCAGAAAGUGACAAUACUUUCGCGACAACAUGAAUGAGGCUGAGCAAGAUAGAAUUGAGAUCCCUGAUACCAGAUGCUCCAACAAUACAAAUGAAGGCACAGCAGACAGCAGCAACACUUCACGCCUUGAGACCAUAGAGGUGCUGGAGAGCAGUGAUCCCUUGGUUGCGGAAGAGGAAAUGGUUGAUUUGACCUAUCAGGUUUUUACAUCAUCUUUUGUGGACCUCACGAACAACAAUGACUCUAGUGGUGAGUGCAAAUCUGCAAGUAGCCAAUCGCAUUUAAUUGUUGUAGAUGAAGGUCCAAAGCGAAGACGUGACUGGGAAAGUUACGUGCUGAGCAGUGAUGAAGAAGAGGCAGCUGUUGUUGUUCCUGACAGUCCAGCGACAGCCCCCCUCUCCACUGCCCCUGAGCCCAGUAGCACAGCCAGAUCAACCCCAACAACAAUCAGUUGUCCCAUCUGUAUGGACACGUUCGGAGAGAUAAUUGAUGGUGGGAGAACGCUAGUCUCCUCCCAGUGUGGUCACCUGUUCUGCAACACAUGCAUAAGUGACUCACUUGCCAAAUCACAGACAUGCCCAACCUGCAGGAAGAAACUGAAUCAUCAGCAGUAUCAUCAAAUUUACAUCUAAUCUGUGUUCCUCUUAAACAUAUUCUGAUUGUUGGAGCUUUUUGCACAUUGCUUGAUGGUUUGGUUCUUUGUUUAUUUAUGGUUAAAUGGUCUUGUCAUUUAUGGUUAAAUGGUCUUGUCAUUUAUAUCUUAAAUUUGCACAAAUGGGAUUUUUUUUUACUGGCCACAACACAUUUGAGGGAGGAGAAUGUAACCAAUCAUACACGUCAUUGUACGAUUGCCUCACUGUACACUAUGAAAGUAUAUUGUGUACAACGUUUUCAUGUAAUAGUUGUUGUAAAUGUGUGUUAUGCCUGUGUUUAGACCAUCUAGAUUACAUUUCACUGUUGUGACCCAAAGCGUUCUUGAGAGCUCAAAGAAACUCAACUAUUUUGUUUGUUCAUAUGUAUUGUUUAUAAAUAAAUAAUUAAAGUAUU